AUGUCAGAAAAUAAAAAGCAUUCUGGGUCCUACUACAGAAAAAGAAAAUUACAAGAAACAGCGGAGUUGCAAAAGCAAGCUACUGCUUUCAAACGUUUUAUUCAAGUUGGCUCUAGUCAAAGUAGUGAUUCAUUCAAUGUUGCAAAUCAAGAAUCGCUUGAAUCAUCAGAGGGAACCGAAAGCUUGCAGUCAUCUAUACCUAUAUCUGAUGCACAAGAACGAAUUCAGUCAGAAGAUUUGGAUGAAAUCGAAAAAAUGCGUAGUAAACAGAUUUCUGUCACGGAUAUUCCUCAAGAAAAUGAAACAAUUAUGGUGUCACAAGAUCCCGGACAGUGGCCAGUUAUUAUAUCCGAUCAAAUUCGGCAAAUUCUAAUAAAGCGCGGACCUGAACAAGUUUCUAACAUUCAGUUUCCUAAAAAUAAUGAUGGAAGAAAAUUCAGUGUUCAAAAUUAUCGAAGACGAAUGCCUAAUGGAGAAGAUGUACAUCGUUCUUGGCUAAUUUAUUCUGUCUCAAGAAACAAAAUUUUUUGUUUUUGCUGUCGUCUUUUUGGCGCAUCAAGAAUCUCAUUGUCUACUGAAUCUGGCUACUGUGACUGGAAGCAUAUGUCUGAACUCCUAUCAGAACAUGAAAUAUCCCCAGGCCACAUGAAAGCUUUUCAAUCUUGGGUUGAAUUUGCACAACGUUUAUCUAAAGAUAAGACAAUUGAUUCUGAAAAUCAGAGAAUUAUAAAAAAUGAAGUCAAACGCUGGACAGAAGUUCUCAAACGAAUUAUAUGGGCAAUAAAAUUCCUUGGAUCACAGAACUUAGCAUUGCGUGGCAAAACUGAUCAACUUUAUUUAAGAGAUAAUGGAAAUUUUUUAAAACUGUUUGAAUUUAUUGGAAAAUUUGAUCCAAUUAUUGCCGAACACUUGCGGAGCAUCGAGUCCAAAGAAUCUCACGUUCAUUAUUUAAAUAAAAGGAUUCAAAAUGAAGUUAUUGAGCUUCUUAGCUUAAAGAUAAAAGAACAUAUUCUUAAUGGAAUUAAGAAAUGGACAUAUUAUUCUAUACUUUUAGAUUGUACUCCUGACACUAGUCUUGUAGAACAAAUGUCUUUAAUUAUUCGGUAUGUACGAUGUGAACCUGGAGAAGAACCCAGCAUAGAAGAACAUUUUUUAGGAUUUAUUCCUGUUGAAGAGUCAACAGGUAAAGCGCUAACUGACACUCUUCUGUCGACUCUUGAAGAAAUGAAGAUACCACUGUCAAAUAUGCGCGGGCAAGGGUACGAUAACGGGUCGAACAUGAAAGGCAAACAUGCAGGCGUUCAAGCUAGAAUUUUAAGUCUGAAUCCCCUCGCCUUUUUUGUGAAUUGUGGUACACACUCAAUGAAUUUGUCGGUGAAUGAUGCUGCCUUAUCUUGUACGGAAGCUGUCAACUUUUUUAACCUUGUUCAAGAAAUAUACAAUUACUUUUCUGCUUCUAUUCAUAGAUGGUCUGUAUUGAAAAAUCACGUGACGUCGUUAACAGUGAAACCUUUAAGUACAACUCGAUGGGAGAGUCGAAUUGACGCUGUAAUACCUCUUCGGUAUCAUAUUGGGGAAAUAUACGACGCCUUAUACGACUUAUCAGAAGACCCAAAAAGUGAUGCAUAUUCGAAAAACACAGCUUUAAGUUUAGCUCGAAAAUUGAAAGAUUUUAAAUUUUUGUGCAGUCUAAUUGUUUGGCAUACAAUCCUUUUUAGAGUAAAUGUGGUCAGCAAGCUCAUGCAAAAAGUCGAUAUUCAUUUUUUAACUUCAAUGGAACUUAUUACGAAAAUAAUAAGUUUUUUUAAGGAAAUGCGAACAGAUGAAGGUUUUGAGUCAAUAAUAGUAGAUGCAAAAGAACUUGCUGAAAUUCUAGAAAUCGAACCGGAAUUUCCGCCCGAAUUGCAAGUACGUCGAAGAAGAGUUCGCCGCCAAUUUGACUAUGAAGCUCAAGACGAGCCAAUUGUAGUUCCAAAAGAUACUUUCAAAAUUAAUUUUUAUUUUCAAGUACUGGAUCGAGCAAUAAAUUCACUGACAGAAAGAUUUUCUCAAUUGAGCAAUUACAAUGACAUAUUUGGAUUCAUGUUUGAUUUGAACACUGAAGAUAAGGAGACACUUUUAAAUAAUUGUUUAAAUUUACAAUCAGCAUUAACCAACGGCGACCAAUCUGACAUUAAUGGUUCACAGCUUUAUCAAGAACUCUUAGUGCUUUUUUCUGUAUCCGAUUCAUUACCUCAACUAUCAAAACGCCCAAUGGAGAUGCUGAAAUUUAUUACUACUAAAAAUCUUAGUGAAAAUUUUAGGAAUGCUUAUAUAGCAUAUCGAAUUGCUGCAACUCUUCCUGUAACUGUUGCUUCGGCAGAAAGAAGCUUUUCAAAAUUGAAAUUGAUUAAAAAUUAUUUAAGAUCUACAAUGUCUCAAGAUAGACUGGUCGGAUUAGCUAUGAUGUCAAUUGAAAGUGAAAUAUUGGAAAAUAUUGAUGUUGAAUCAAUUAUUAGAAGUUUCGCUGAACUCAAAGCCCGCAAAGUUCCAUUACCCAUUAAUAAGGUGAAACCUUUGUCCCCAGUUGUCCUUCCUGUAGCAGGUCCAAGUAACCCCCAGGUUUCCCCUCCACAAGCUCAAGUAAUUGACCUUGAAAGAGAGGAGGAAUUGGCUCGUCGCAGAAUAGAACUCUUACAACAACACAUAGACGAUAGUUCAAACGACUCUUACGAGACUACAGCAUAUGACAGUGACGUAAUGAUUUUGGAUUAA